AAAGAAACCAAGUGUUAUGGACGAAGAACUGCAGAACAUUCAAAAAUCCCUAAACUUCAUGUCGGAUGAGUUGAGCAAAGUAGCUGAGAAACAAGAGAAGCUACUAGCCCUUGUUACUGAAGUUGCCAAACUCAAGAAAAUCAUCAAGGCAAAAGACGCAAUUAUCCGAGGACUGGAGCACAGGAUCGAGGAUUUGGAGCAAUAUACACGAAGGGAAGAUAUUAUUGUGAGUGGAUUACAAACUACCCAUCGUAGCUAUGCUAGAGCUACAGUGAUGAGCAUGACAACGGAGAGCGGCGAGGAUGCGCCACCGGAGGAGCAACAAACUUUGGAGAGGCAAGUCAUCCAAUUUCUUGAAAGCAGAAACAUAAAAGUUGCACCCGAAAACAUAACCGCUUGUCACACGCUCCCGAAGAAACACAAAGACGCAAAACCGACCAUCGCUGUGCGCUUUGUCAAUAGGAAGCACAAAGUGGAACUGCUGCGUCAGGCUAAGCUGCUAAAAGGCACAGGAGUGUACGUGAAUGAACAUUUAACAAAAAAGAACGCAGAUAUAGCCAGGGACGCACGGAAUCUUAGAAAACUAAAGAAAAUUCAAGCCACAUGGACACGGAACGGACAAGUAAAGAUCCGGCUCAACGGCACGCCAGAAGAAUCUAAAGUUGUCACGAUAAGAGAUCUCAAAGAUUUGGACCCAUAUAAAUGACUAUCUUUCUUUCUUUUUUCAAAAAUGGGAUAAUUCCUUACACUCUUUAUGAGAUGACUUCAUUUAGUUUUGAAGAAUUUACGUUAACUUUGAAAAUGUGCGUGGACACUGGAAGAAGUUUAAUUUGGAUUAAAUACGGAUUAAACGGGACUAAAUACGGACUAAAAAGAACAUGGAAAGUAUGUACUGUUGUCACUACAGUGAUUGUGGAUCACGAUUGUCGACAUCAAAUCCUGAACUGGACAAACAUUGUGACUUUAGAUAUGAUUGGGAACAGUGAGGAGCACGCCGUGGCGCACGGAUUACGCAUUGCCGAAAGGAGAACAGUUCUAUGGUAUCAACUGAACAAAGGAGAGUUUAUCGCUGCUUCCCAUUUGUCGUCAUGACAAUUAUUUUCUAGUACACGGAAGUAAAUGCAUCGCUAUAAAAGAAGAGGAAAUGUUUGUCUAUGAAAUUGCAAGGAUUUUUCAGGUAAGUCCCUCUAGCAGCAGAACUUUUUUUGAAAUGAAAUAUUGGAAAUACAGGUCGAAAUCAUUUUUUAAAUUUUUAUUUUUUUUUCUUUUGACAGUAAAAAACAUUUCCCGUUUUAUUGUUUUUUUGUUCUUAAUUGAAAUUCAAAAUAAUGAACAGUACAUGGACCAUGAAACUCCCCUCAGAAUAGCCAUUAUAGGAAGAAGUAAUAGCCUAUUGAACAUUAAUCAGCUCCUGAGGACAUCCUUUUUCAUAGAGUACAAAACCCAUUCUAUUAGGGGUGCUGGUAGAUCUAAAAAGCAAUCGUGGACCAAAAUGUACAA